CAGAUAUUGGCGGAACUGUAACCUAUAUGAUGCGGUCGGGCGCAGCGUUCCGCAAUAGUGUGGGCGGGCGCUUCAUGCAGCAAGGAUAAAAGCGCUUCAGUUAGCUACGCAGCAAGCGUUAGGCCUACAAUCCCAGGAACAGUGUUGACUAUGUUAUGUCUGACUGGAUGCCUACCUUCACCGCGGUUGACAAUCGCAUUUUUGUCUGUUUUCCCAUACUUUGUGGAUGAGGAUUUAGGAUAUGCGCAAGCGGGAUGAAGAAACACAACCUUUUUUCAACCCGAAGUAAAAUAAAAUAGGGAUUUUCAAAUACUGGAAUUACUUCUCCCAUUCCCUAUGAAGAAGUCAAAACUACCAACCUCCAUUCCCAACAACAAGAGCCAUUGACAACCACUACCUGUUGCUGAGUCAGACCGUGACAGGCAUUUGACAUUGGGAGUCCAAUAGUGGAGCUGUCUCACACAUCUGCUUUGGCAAUGAAUUGAGUCAACAAUCUAGCACAAGCAGAGUCCAGGGCCCAGUUGUUCAAAAAGUUCUAUCUUGAUCUGAAUGAUCCGGAUUUGGAAAUCCCAUGUUUUGCUACCAGUCAUGUUGGAACAGGUAGUGGCCAUCCCCAAACUUCCCACAAAGUUCGGAGCAUGGAAUUGUCCAAAAUCUCUUGGUUAAUGCAGAAGCAUUCAGAGAUCUUUUCACUGGAACUAAGGGACCAAGGCCAGCUCGGGGAUAGCCCCUUCCUCAUACAAUAAAGAUUUGGAUGCACACCUGUUUCCAUUUACUGUUGUUCAUUGCUGUUGUUGCCCAUUCAAGUGAAAUUGGAAACCCUAUAACUGAUGAUAUUGAAAAAAUAUCUAUAUUGAAGCAAAACAUACCAAAAGAUUACAAGAUCACUGUAAAAUUUAUUCCAAUGGAAGAGAGUGGUUUGUGCUGGGUGAGACUAAAUGUAUUUCACUUGGAAGAAAGUUUAAGAGUCUUGGCCCGCAAAUUUGGAAAUAUUUCUUCAAACAGAGACCAUAUAAACACAUUUAUACAGAUCCUACGAGAGAUGCGGUAUCACAUUGGCAAUGUAUUGGAUGAUACAAUGCUGGAAUUUCAGUGCCACUACAGGGAAGAAAAAUGGCCAACAGGGGAAUAUUUUGAAUUUGUUGAAUAUUUCUUUAAAAUGGCCAAUUCAUCCAGAGAAAAUGAAGAUUGUGAAUCCCCUCCCUGCCCAACAGUAGAGGUUACCACAACAACUUCAUAUGCCACAAAAGCAGGAUCUGUUAGUCCACCUUCUGCAGGAGCAGGGAAACUAAAAGAUAAAGAAAAGAUUCCAUGGGUCCUUCCAGAAAACAUAGAAAAGAGCCUUCUGUCACUUCUACUCAUUCCAGUCAUUGCCAUUUUGCUUCUAUUUGCUUGGAAGAUCAAAUCUAGAAGACAUGUAGAAUCAAAUGAUGUCACCGAAGGAGUGGAUGGCAGCUCACCCCAAUUAGAAACUGAAGCCCUUGAGGAAAAGACAUGUUUGAACAUCAAUGAAAAAACUGAGGAGGUAUAAUUCAGUCACAGGAUCUUGAUAUAUAUAUGAUCAGUGUCCAAAGGCAGAUUGGGAGGGCAGUUGAUGGUUACAUUUGUAGCAAUGUCAUUCUGGACUCUUUUCUGAUCCUAUAAAUACUGCUGCUACAACAUAACAAGUGCAUGGGUGUGCACUGCAAGCUGACAUGUCACAGUUAUCUACAGAUUUGGUCUUGACGUAUUCACUAAGCAGCCAAGCUUUUUUCCCCUGACUGGAUGAUGUCAUUUUUUUCUCUUGGAGGAAUCUAUGUAGUCGAACUCCACCUGAAAGAUACUGAGAGUUAUUGUUAAAAGCAAAAAUGCUCAUUAUGUGAGCAUUCAUUUGGAAGACCUCAGAAGAAAACACUCUGGACGGACUACAAUCAUUUUUUCUUUAUGGAGUAAGUAUAAAUGACUACCUCCACAUGCACUGGUCUUAAUCGCCAUCUUAAUGUAAUACCUUAUUUUAAACUGGGUUACGCAUGGAUAACAAUGGAAUAUUGCUAUGAAAUAUUGAAAUAUUUCAUCUGUUCUGUGUAUCAUGUUGAAUCACUAAGCAAGCAAUGUGGAUUUAUUUAUUUGUUUGUCUAGACAAUGUGCUGGUUAAAUGUGCAUUUUGAUGGCAGUAUGUGGUAUUUGUAGUAGUAAAACUGCAAACUUGUGCCAUGAACUUUUUGAUAUAUUUAAUCAAAAUCUACAUCAAUGUUCUCCUUGUGUUUUUCUAAAUUACAUGUACAUUCUUCACUAUGGUCCACUGUGGUGAUUUUAUUCUUGAUUGAAAAAUAGAUGUGAGAAAUCACUGUGUGCAGUGUGUGCACUGUGUGCAGUAUAGUGUGAUGAAAUAAAGAUGCAUUCCUAUUUACUAUGUAAAAUGAACUGAAAUGAACGAUGUGGAUGUGGGAAUAUCAAGCAAGAAUGAUUAAAGUCAUUACAAUGCUAUGACACUUUAAAAUAAAA